GGUGUGAUAGCAGCGACCAAGAUUUAAGAACAAUUGCGGCUGUUUUCUAUACAAUCCAGCAUUUAUUUGUUUCUUUCUGGCGCCAGUGUGCCGGGCAAACGAACAGUGCCUAUACAUGCCAGAUCCAUGUUAUACAUACGUAGUGGAAAAAUGGCGUCGACGGUGUGUGUUUCUAGGUGCCGACUGUUAGCAAAAUUAGAAAUAAAUCGUGGAUUGUGUUUAUCACCAUUAUUAAGGGAUUUAUCAAAUAACAGGGAGUCAUGGUGUCGGCGGUGGCGGCCUACGCGCCGCUCGUUCUACACAAGUGUAUGCGCACAUGGAUCCAAGUCUUCAGCCUCCAAAGUCGACCACGAAAAAUCUGACGAUAAAAAUGGAGAGAAAAGUGUCACUGAAGUGAUAGUAACGUACCGGCGUGGCUUGCCGGUGAUCACGGUCCCGUUGCCGUCGCGUCGCGAGCGAUGCCGCUUCACGCUGCGGCCCGUGUCGCAGACCGUCGGCGACUUAUUAGAACAGGUCAAGGCUGAGGACCGCGGCGUGGAGCGCGCAGCCGCGUUGGCAGCGGAUGAGCGCGUGCGCAUCGCCGCCAGCGACACCAUCGAGGCGCUGCUCGAGAGCGACUUCCGGCUCAUCAUCAACGACACAGAGUAUUACGUCAAGAGCCCUCCACAGGAGCGACUGAGCAACGAGGAGGUGACACGCCUGAGCGACGUGCGGAACCUCGUGAACCAGUUGUACGAGGCGCUUAAUGUCCGCGAGCAUCAGAUCCGAAAGGAGAGGGACCUGCGUUCCCAGCUCGAAAAACUUAACUCGGAGCUGCAGCCGCUUGAAGAGAAACGCAUGAGCCUAGAAGUGGAGACCACGCGUAAGACCUCAGCGCUCACUUGGGUCGGCCUCGGCCUGAUGGGUGUGCAGUUCGGGGUCCUCGCUCGCCUGACCUGGUGGGAGUACUCCUGGGACAUCAUGGAGCCCGUGACUUACUUCGUCACUUAUGGCACCGCUAUGGCUGCGUACGCUUACUUUGUGCUGACUAAGCAGGAAUACGUCCUGCCUGAUGUGAAGGAUAGGCAACACCUGCUGACCCUGCACAAGAAGGCGAAAAAGAUAGGCCUCGACAUCAACCACUACAAUCAUCUAAAAGAUGAGAUAGACAAAUUAGAAAAAGAUCUCGGCCGCCUCCGUGAUCCUCUACACAUCCACCUCCCGGCGUCCUACGUGGAGAAGUCUGGAGACGACAAGCGAUCGCCCUUGACCAAGAUAAAGGACAUGCUCGAGGAAACCAGCAAGAAGAUGAAAAUCACGUAAUAUUGGCUGAACCUCUCGCGUCGGGGUCCCCGCCCCUAGAUGCGGCCCUGUUGAAGUUAGGCCACCGCUCAUGUGACGCCUUAGAGCUUAGAGCUGAGACACUU